UGGACUACGAAUUUAAAACGUCAAAACUUUGUUUACAUAUUCACUAUCGCAAAGCGUUGUUGUUUAUUUUGUGAAAAUAUUAUCUUAUCUUUGGAUCCAUUGAGUUAAAAGCCAACGUGUGUACUUGUCUAGCUAAAUAUCAAGAAACAAAUAAUUGAAAAAUCAUGGCGGAAGCGAAUCAAACAAAUCCAGUGUUUAUAGACGUAGCGUCAGGAUCCAACCAGUACCCAAUCAAUGUAGUGUCUGAAGCUAAUAAUGAAGUACAAGAAAUUAAAGUUGAUAAGGAUGUCGACUCGACAUCUGACCCAUAUUUAAACAUCCAAUCUCGACGUAUUCGAUGUCCGGAAUGCUCUCGCUUCUCAGCCGAGACGGAAGAGAAGAUGUUACGUCACAUCCGCAAGAUACAUAGAGGGGAGAACCCGUUUCAGUGUUGCAUGUGCGAAUAUUCGACUUAUAACAAGAUAUUGUUUGAAGAACACGUUAGGAUUCAUCAAGGUAUAAAACCCUACAAAUGUUCACACUGCCCCUACAGGAGUGUGUCCAAGAAGAAUACUAAAAAACAUGAACAAAUACACCGAUCUGACAACCCUCACAAGUGUGAACACUGCGGGUUCAUAGCACGCCAUCUGAGGGCCUUGAAUCAUCACCUACUCACGCACGGACAGAAGAAUGCCUAUAAAUGUCUGAAAUGUAAGGAGUCAUUUGCUUCACAAAGUCUGUUGGAGACGCAUAGGAAUAUUAAAAAAAGAUGUCCAGAAUGCUCAGAACUGUUAUGCUACAAACUGUACAAAUCCCAUAGACAAGAAGUACACGGUGUUGCCAUAAAGAAAAAGAAGACUGCCCCAAAAGAAACGAAGUUUGUCUGUGCUAUAUGCAAAUGGGAGGGUAUACACAAACCGAGGAUAUUGUUGCAUCUUAUACAUCAUCCCAAUCAAGAAGUCGACGAGACCGUUGUAGACACACAAAUAUUGAGAAAACUAGGUAUUAUGGGCCAAACUGAAGCUGAAACUUAAAAUAAACAUAUUUUUCUAGUA